CAGACUAGCAGCCCAAACAAAACUGCCGCUUCCGCACUGCUUCCUUGUUUAUUUGUUUUGAGGAAAACACCGCCUUUAUAAAAGAAUAAAAAGUAUUUUUUAAAUUUAAUUAGAAGCUAUAAGAACGUCUAAACACGAUUUUCUGGUCCACGCCUUGCUGAACUGACGUCACCGAUACAUUUGAAGCUAAGGGGUGAAUAAAGACCCCCAGUUUCCUCCAAAGCAAGUCCAGAGUGUAGUUUCUUGUCUGAAUGGCCACAGCUGCAGAAGAGCCUCCAGGGCUACAGGGCCAGACUGGCAACUUGAAUGGGUCUCGAAAAAAUGCUUCAGCUGAGGGUCCAAGUGCUAGCACAUCUCAGGCUUUGAAAAAAAUCGGGCAUCGUGGGAUCGAUCCCACUGGGGAGACGACGUACAAGAAGACAACAUCAUCAGCUCUGAAAGGUGCUAUCCAGUUAGGCAUCACGCACACGAUAGGCAGCUUAAGUCAAAAACCUGAAAGAGAUGUGCUGCUGCAGGACUUUGAGGUGGUGGAGAGCAUCUUCUUCCCCUGUGAGGGUAGUAACCUGACACCGGCACACCACUAUGGAGACUUCAGGUUCAAAACAUACGCCCCGAUGGCCUUCCGCUACUUCAGAGAGAUGUUUGGCAUCCGGCCCGAUGACUACAUGUAUUCUCUGUGUAACGAGUCGCUGAUCGAGCUGUCCAACUCCGGGGCGAGUGGAUCUUUGUUCUACGUCUCUAGAGAUGAUGAGUAUAUCAUCAAGACGGUGCAGCACAAAGAGGCAGAAUUUCUGCAGAAACUGCUGCCUGGAUACUUCAUGAACCUGAACCAGAACAAGCGGACCUUAUUACCAAAGUUUUAUGGGCUGUAUUGCGUCCAAUCAGCUGGUAAAAACAUCCGCAUUGCAGUCAUGAAUAAUCUGCUUCCUAGUGCAGUACGAAUGCACCUCAAGUAUGAUCUAAAGGGCUCUACCUACAAGCGACGAGCCUCGGCUAAAGAAAGAGAAAAGGCUGUACCCACAUAUAAGGACCUGGAUUUCAUCCAGGACAUGCCUGAAGGGCUCUCGUUGGACGCUGAUAAGUACAAUGCUCUUUGCAAGACCCUCCAGAGAGACUGCUUGCUCCUGCAGAGUUUCAAGAUUAUGGAUUACAGCCUUCUGGUGGGAAUUCAUAACGUAGAUCAGGCCUGUCAGGAGCAGGCCAACGAGGAGGCGGGGGCUGGGGCAAAGGGUCAAGUUCAAAAGGCUCUGUACAGCACGGCUAUAGAGGCCAUUCAAGCAGAGGUGGGACGCAUGGGAUCCAUGGAAACAGAGGACAGAACGGGAGGAAUCCCUGCACGAAACUCGAAAGGCGAGAGGCUGCUGGUGUACAUCGGUAUUAUUGACAUUCUUCAGUCUUAUAGAUUGGCAAAGAAGCUUGAACACUCCUGGAAGGCUCUGGUUCAUGAUGGGGACACUGUAUCAGUGCACAGACCGAGUUUCUAUGCCGAGCGAUUUCAGAAGUUUAUGUGCAACACAGUGUUUAGAAAGAAUGCAUUGAAGACCUCCCCGUCUAAGAAGCGCCGUGCAGGAGCCGGUCCUGUGAAAAGAGCGGCUGGCUCUGGACCUUCUCUGAUGACCCAAGCCAGCAGCAGCAGCACCGCCCAGAGUCCUUUGCUCCAACAUCAAGCCAGUUCAGACACCAGAGAGGACAGCGAAGCAGACAAAAUUAUGCUCGCAGGUCGUCCUGACCUCCUCCCAGAUACCAUUCCUCCACGCAACCCUGUUGCUAGCGCUGUUGAAACUGCCAUCUCCUCCUUGGGAAGCCCCAGAUUUUUACCAGCAAGUCGUCUUCAGUCUAACACUCGGGGAGAAUCUUCGAACAAGCAAAACGAGGAAGACAGCACCCCCAAGGGGGCUCAGUCUAGGACUCUUGAAGAAAGUGGUGCUGAGGAAGCAAUCUCACUCAGCGACGUAGUCCCGUGUGUAAGCAGCUGCUCAGUGUAGAUGUGAGGAAAAAGAAUGACUUGAAGGAUGUUCUGAGCCUUCCUGAAAUCUUAUAACUCCCUUGGUAUGAUUUGAGGUACCAGAACUUACAAAAA